UUCGUCAGGGAAAAAAAAAAGAGCGCCACGCCGCGAGAUAUCCCCGUCACGAAUAUUCUCCUCUCAUCUCCUCUAUUUAUCGCCAUCAAUCUCCCAUCUCCUCCAUCCAUCCAUCCAUCUUCUUCCACCCCAAUUUCCAUCCCAAUUUCGAGUUUCCCCGGCGAUACGAUCCGGUCGUGAUCGUCUGCGAGGAUGAAGUUCGGCAAGAGCCUGAGCGGCCAGAUCCUGGAGAUGCAGCCGGAGUGGCGCGACAAGUUCCUCUCCUACAAGGACCUCAAGAAGCGCCUCAACCUCAUCUGCCGCGCCGGCGAGCGGCUGGGCAAGCGCCGCCGCGUCGGCGGCGGCACGGCGGUGACGGCGGGAGCGGCGGCGCCCGAGCGGGCCGGGUUCGUCGGCCUCCUCGACGCGGAGCUCGACAAGUUCAACUUCUUCUUCCUCGAGAAGGAGGAGGAGUACGUCAUCAAGCAGAAGGAGCUGCGGGAGCGGGCGGCCGAGACGGCGGCGGCGGAGGAGGAGGAGGUGAUGCGCGUGAGGAAGGAGAUCGUCGAUCUCCACGGCGAGAUGGUGCUGCUCGAGAAUUACAGCGCGCUCAACUACACCGGACUGGUUAAAAUCCUCAAGAAGUACGACAAGAGGACCGGUUCCAUGAUCCGUCUCCCCUUCAUCCAGAAGGUGCUGCAGCAACCCUUCUUCACCACUGACCUCCUGUACAAGCUGGUGAAGGAAUGCGAGGAAAUGCUGGACCGGCUCAUGCCGGCGAACGAUGAACCGUCGUCGCUACCGAGCGAAGACGGAAAAGAAGACAGCGACGGCGAGGAGAAGAAUUCCAAGCCCAGCUCCUCCUCCUCCUCCUCGGCCAACGCCCUGGGGCAGGACGAGGCCGAGGAUGAGAAGAGCAUGCACAUGAAGAGCACGGUUGCGGCGCUCAGGGCGCUGAGAGAGAUCAGGAGCGGCAGCUCGACGGUGAGCGCCUUCUCGCUGCCACCUCUGGACGGCAGCAAUGUGCAGGAGGAGCAGGACAGGUGAGGGCAAGAAUGAGCAGGCUGCCAGAUGGACUUGCACCGAGAGACGCUGCAUCUGGGGAGCUUCUCUUCUUCGCCUGCGCUUUUGCUCGAAUGCCCAAUGAUGUAGGAGUUCGUAUCUGGCUAUCCUGUUCAUCAUGUUUCGUUUAACUUGGGGGUAUUUUUCGUGUGGCCUGUGUGUUUCCCAGCUCCUGUAAAAAUGAUAGGGGAAAAGAAAGUUAGUGUAUGUUGAUAUAUCAUAAAAAGUUCACCAUAAACAUAGAUCUGAAUGUGCAGUCUGAUACCUUUUUGCCAUUUUAAGGGGUGAUUUUGUCUCGUUAGAUGGUAUGUAUGGAUUCAUAGCUUUCUGCCAUGCAUUGUACAUGGCUGCCCGUGUAAACUGACGAUCCAGAAUCACAAUUUUUUACCAUACACUCUACACUUGUUAAAUUCUUAAUCCCAUCGUUUGGUGAAC